AUGAAUUUUGUGGACGCGCGAGACAAAGCAGAAAAAAUGAAGACUGAAUAUUGUACUAAAGAUGAUGUUGAGGAGAUUGAGCAUGUCAAGGCCCUAGAUCUUGGUAUCGAUCAGUCAGAGCUCAGUAAUAUCGAAGGUACUGCUGCUUCCAAAGCGGCAUGGUUCAUCUCGAUCGUGGUUUCAAUUGGAGGUCUUUUAUUCGGGUACGAUACCGGCUAUAUCUCUGCGGUUCUGGUGACUAUCGGCUUGUCCCUAGGCCAUAGGUUGAGCUCAAAUGAACAAGAAAUGGUGACUUCAUUGACAAGUGGGGGUGCUCUGGUUGGUGCAGUGGGUGCAGGUCUCACAGCUGAUCGCUUCGGUCGUCGGUGGCCUAUCUGGGGUGCUUGCGUGUUGUUCAUCAUCGGAACCGUUCUUCAGACGGCCGCUUACUCGGUGGAGCAAUUUGCUGCUGGAAGAUUUGUUGUUGGGCUGGGAGUUGGAGGUGCAGCCAUGAUUGUUCCUAUGUAUAUUGGCGAGUUGGCACCCGCAAAAUAUCGCGGUCGUAUGGUUGCCUUCAACAAUAUGAGCGUCACCUUUGGCCAACUCCUUGCGAGCGCCUUAGGUGCAGGCUUUGCGCAGGCGAAGGGCGAGGGAUGGCGAGCCACAGUCGGUAUAGGAGCCGCUCCAGCACUUAUACUAGCUGGGCUUCUUGUGUUCUGCCCAGAGUCACCUAGGCAGCUUGUUUCUCAUGGCAAUUAUGAGGCAGCGAAGGCUGUUCUUCUUCGGAUUUACCCAACCUCGACUGAGGAGCAACGCCAAGCGAAGAUCAUGUCAAUUGAGCUGUCUCUCAACGAGGUCACCCAGGCUAUGACUGAAGAGUCCUUGUGGAUAACGUUCAAGCGGAUUUUUACUACACCGGCGACCGGUCGUGCAGUGUUGACUGCGUGUAUGGUCAUGGCUAUUAGCCAGCUGGGUGGAUUCAAUACUUUGAUGUAUUAUGCAGCAACAUUGUUCUCGAUUGUGGGAUUCAAUAAUCCUACAGCAGUUGGUAUUACUGUUUCGGCUACGAAUUUUGUCUUCUCCAUUGUGAACAUUAUACUGGUGGAUCGCCUUGGACGAAGAAUCAUUCUCACCGUCACUGUGCUGGGAAUGGCCAUCUGUAUGAUGGUCGCAGCUGUAGCAUUCCGCUACAUUCCGGUGAACACGAACACUCUGGAGCUGGAUACCAACCAGGUUGGAUGGCCAGGCCCUCUAGUCCUGGUCGCUAUUAUAUGUUAUGUUGCUUGCUUCUCUUCAGGCGUCGCUACCAUCGCAUGGAUCGGCACGGAGCUGAUACCCCUCGAAGUCAGAGCGCUUGGGACUAUGCUGAACACAGUGACAUGCUGGAGCACGAAUAUUAUUAUUGCAUCGACCUUCCUUUCCAUGAUGAAGAGCUGGACGCCCACCGGCGCCUUUAGUUUCUACACCGGAAUUUGCUUUGUUGGUUGGUUGUUCGUUGUCUUCUUCUACCCAGAGUGCAAGGGCAUGCCGUUGGAAGCUGUCAGGGAAGUUUUUAGUAAAGGUUUUGGUGUUAGAUACUCGAAGACAUGGCAGAAGGAACAUGCAAAUGACACAAAAACGGAGACCGUGGCAUUUGGACAUUGA